AUGACACAGCUUCAUUCAAUUGCCAGUCUUGACUACGGAGAUGGUCGCACAUGUGUCUGCCGUAUCUGCGAGUGCGGUAAACAUAGAUGUACAGAUGUGAAAAUUCCCUUCUUUGGUGAGACAACAUAUCGUGACGAGUACGUCCCGAAGAGCACGGAGCGCGAUGGACUGCGCAGGGAACGUGCCGCCGUCUUCCCAGGGAAGGCGGUGCCAGGCCACUUCAAGACGACAAAACAGGAGGCAUGGGAACCGCUCGAAGGCAAAAUAGUGCGGCCCGCUGAGUCUUUUAAGCCGCGCCCGGCGAUUGGUGAUCCACUGCCAUUUAUCGGCACAACAACGCACCGCAAUGACUUCCCGGGGCACAUGCCCGACCAUGAGAGGGUGCGCUACAAACAGGAGCCCCUGCCCAAGAUGAAGGGUUUUUAUGAGACGACAAACGGUGCAAUGCAAGGGCCCAUCCGGAAGUGUUUGGAUUCCGGGGAUAUGCCGAAACCACCCAAAUCCUUCCGCGGCGACGAGUCACUUGGCCAGGCACUACCGUUUGACGCCAUUGCAACGUACACGGCGGAUUAUCCACCGAAGCAGCCGUUUUUUGCACCAAAGGACCGUCAAGCACUUGAGCGGGCGACGCUUCCCGACAAUCGUGACUUUGAGACGACGCAUUCGGUUUCGUACAAAGUGCCACCGCACUCACUGCGUCAUAUUUGCCCGGCCGCGCUUGUGCCGCCGCGUGCGCCAUCUGUGGACGGUCAUCUCAAGCUCUCUGUGUAUGAAAUCCCUUCGGGUGACAUCGUCGAGUAG